ACUAUCAACCAGGGUCGGCGGGCAGCUGGGAACUCGUUACCUUACUGUUAUGUGUGAGAAUGUCAGCAAAUCAGUCGUCGUCAUCAUGCUGAGAGGUGUUCGGUUUAACCUUAGGAAACACCUUUUCCCAGCUUUUGGCUCUUUUUGCGCGCAAACUUGAAUAAAGACGCUCACCUGUCGCCAUGGCACGAACAAGCAGAGACGAGGAGUUUACGUAUGUCAGCCCAGCUGUGAAGUACCUGCUGUUCAUAUUUAAUUUUAUAUUUUGGAUAAUUUCUCUGGUGUUGGUGUUAGUCGGAGUGUAUGCCCGCAUAGUGAAACACGCAGAAACAGCGCUCGCAUGUCUCGCUGUGGACCCCGCUGUAAUGCUGUUGAUCGUGGGGGUCCUCAUGUUCAUCAUCACCUUCUGCGGUUGUGUGGGGUCCCUCCGAGAAAACCUCUGCCUCUUGCAAACAUUCUGUAUCUGUCUGAUCGUGAUCUUCAUCCUGCAGCUGACUGCUGGUGUCCUGGGCUUCAUCUUUUCAGAUAAGGUGAUCCAGGCAAGAGGUAAAGUGACCGAGGUGAUCAACAAUGCCAUUGUCCACUACAGAGAUGAUAUUGAUCUGCAAAACCUUAUUGAUUUUGGUCAGGAAGAGUUUGACUGCUGUGGUGCUUUGAGGUACUUGGACUGGUCACAGAACAUGUAUUUCAACUGCAGCAAGGACAACCCCAGCCGAGAACGCUGCUCUGUCCCCUUUUCCUGCUGUAUCUUAAGAAAUGACACGGUAAUCAACACCAUGUGCGGUCACAACAUUCAGGAAUUGAAUUACAUCGAGGCUGGAAACCGCGUUCACACCAACGGCUGCAUAGACAAAAUAGUUGAUUGGAUCCACAGCAACCUAUUCUUACUAGGAGGCAUUGCGCUGGGACUGGCUAUACCACAGCUGGCUGGAAUGCUUUUGUCUCAGAUUCUGAUGAACCAGAUCAAAGACCAGAUCGCGCUGCAGAACUACAGCCAGAAACACAGCUCUGACCCGUGGAGCUGAUCCAGGAGACACCAAAGUCUGAUGAGGAGAACAGGAAGCAUGUAGACACCAGCAUAAUCGGGGUUGAUUGGUAGAACUAAACCAAUAGAGUCCUUUGAGCCUGUUAUGAUUCUUGGACAAAGGACACACGGACAGACCAAAUACUGAAUUUUGAAAGGGUUACUUUAAAAGCAAACUUUAUACACAAGCAAGGGCAGAAGGUAUAUUUGGUGCUCAGGAUGUUACGUUUUAGUGAGGAGAUGCAGUCGAAAAUAUCUACAAGCAUUAAAUCUUUUUUAUUUUGUGUUAUUUUAUUACAAAAGUAAAAA